AGUUCAGAUGGUACAUUUAUGAAGAAGAUCACCAGUGUCUCAGACACACAGCUGAAACAUCCAAGAGGGAUCUGUCACUUCCCUGAUGGAAGGAUGGUUCUAUCUGAUACACACAAUAACAAACUGUUCAUCCUGUCACCACAGUGGGAAGUACAGCAAACUGUAGAUGUCAACAAUCCAUGUGGUGUGGCUCUCAAUAACAGCUGCACUAAGAUUGCUGUGGCACAGGUUGGAGGAGAAAAGUCUGUGAGUGUGUUCAGUAUUGAUAUCAAAGGGAAAAUAACUCUAACUGAUGUGAUAAAGAACAAAGAUGGGGAGCAAUUGUUCAAUGUACCAUAUAAAGUGGCAUAUAUGAGCAAUGGGUGCCUUGUUGUCAGUGAUAUAUCACCAAACAAACUUCACAUCCAAACCCCAUCUGGUGACCCACUGUAUCAGUACACAGGACCUGAUAACAAGUUAGGUGACAUUCGUGGUGUCUGUGUUGAUGCAUAUGACAACAUACUGGUCACUGAUUAUGAUAACGACUGCAUACACCUUGUAUCCCCAGAUGGAAAGUUCAUCCAGUACAUAGCAACCCAAGCUGAUGGAUUAUAUAGACCAUGGGGAUGUACCAUCAACCAGGAUGGAGAUCUGGCAGUGACUGACCUUAGAAGGAAGGUGAAAGUAUUCCAAUACUUGGAAAAAUGACAUGCUUUAGAAUG